AUGCUCACACUGACCCGUCGAUCGCUCCCACUUUGCGUUCGUUUAGCAAAGACUUCGGCUGCUUUACGGUCGGUAGUUUCGGUCGUGCCUGCACCACCUCAGUAUGACCCAGUUGCAGCUCAGAAAGAGUUUAAACCAUUACACAGUCAUGCAUUCAUGUUCAAGAUUGAAAGGUAUUUCGCAGCUGCAAUGGUGCCAUUGUUUCCAGCCGCAUACUUCAUUCACACGCCGUGGAUGGAUACAGUUUUAGCCGUGGCACUUACACUUCAUAUUCAUUGGGGUGUACGAGGUGUUAUAGGAGAUUAUGGUCGACCAUAUGUUUUGGGUGACACUCUUGCUAAGGCUGUUAGGGUGGGUGCUUAUGUGAUAACGGCGUGUUUGUUAGCUGGUCUGCUUGUUUUCAAUCAGAAUGACGUUGGCCUCACAAAAGCCUUUGAAAUGGUGUGGGCGUUAUAA